AUGGCCAGCGAUGCAAGGCCGGGGCCAGAGCUGCGCUGUGUGCUGUGCUCUGCCGCUGCCUGCAGCUACAACCUGAGCCGGGUGGAUGCUGCCGAGCUGGCCGACCUGCUGCAGCAGGUGGCCUGCUUUGCGCCCGGGCAGUCCUUCCACGCCAGCAGCAGCGGCGACAGAGGAGCCGGGGGCGGGUCGCCGGGCGCAGCAAUAGACUCGCAUCGGCUGCGGGGCGCCCUGCAGCGCAGCCUGGUGUGUGUGGCGGCCUAUGCCUCCGAGCAGCACCUGCCCCAGUGGCAGCACCUGGGCAGCCGCGGCCUGUGCCAGGAGCAGCAGCAGCAGCCCCAGGAUGGGGUGCCCUGGCCCACGCAGCCGGGCUGGCAGCGGCAGCAGCGCCGGGUGCUGGUGGGCUUUGCCAGGGCCGUGGGGGAUGCUGCGCUGGUGGCCACGGUGCAUGAUGUGGCUGUCAUGCCCGAGCUGCAGCACCUGGGCCUGGGGCGGCAGCUCCUGGGGCGCCUUCUCAGGCAGGCAAGCUCCAAGCUGGCCGGUCGGCUGACGGGAUGCAAGCCUCUGGAUGUGAUUGGCAUCGUGGAUGUGGGCCUGCUGGCGCCCAAGAGCAGCCAGGGCUUCUUCGCAGCCUGCAGCUUUGGGCGCGACAGCGAGGGCAGCACGACCAUGACGCUGUCGGGCGCAGGCAUGUCGCAGCGCGAGGGCCUGCCGCUGGCCGGGAUGAGCAUCCACCUCAAGCCUGCGGCGCCGCGGUAG